CGCAAAAGCAAGAUGGAUUCAGAAGGAUCCGAGAAGGCACAAUCGAGUCGUCACAGGAAGAAGUGUCGGUAGUGUCAAAGUCCUGUAACGUGCCAAAAACCUGUCAUGUGCGAGAUACUUCGCUGCAUAUUCGAACCGCGAUUUUGUACGUCUUUUUAAUAACCAUAUGAUGAGUUACUUUUCAAGUAUUGGAGUAUGGCUCGAUUAGUGUAAAUUCCAUUGUGGCACAUCGAUCCCCACCCAAGAGUCGAACCAUUAUAGGCCCCACAGCUGCUUAGUGAAUUGAAAUGUAAUAUCAACAUGGAGGUGAUGGCAGAUAAUAGAUCGAUGUUUGAUGAUAUCAUGCACAGUCAUUGACUCCUGUUUGGCAUAUUGGUUAUAUUUAUGAAUUUCUCCAAAAAACAGCCCUUGGAAGGAUCAUACUUGAGCUCUAUCAGCAAUCUACUUUGAUAAUAAUGUACGAUGUAAAAUAGCUGAGUUAAUCAUACAAGUAGAGUAUGCUGCAGACAUUGAUAAAACAACAGAGCAUGGAAUGGACGGAUCCUGCCCACUCCUUUUCCCUAAUUUCGGGGAACAAAGUUGUCCUAAACAAGGAGAUGAUUACUCAUCACAAAAAGUUGGUGUGUAUCGACCAACAGUGGAUGCCAUCGAUUUGGGCUACCAUACUCUUGAUAACAAUGCUUGUCGCACGACUUCAUUAUCAUCAUCUUCGUCGACCCCAGGAGCAAUUAGUGUGUCUGUGCGUCAACAACAGCAGCAACAGCAACAGAAGCAACAGCAACCGCAACCACCUGGCAAACAUCACUUAGUUAUUCACACAAAACCAGAUCUCUGUCAACUUGAUGACAAUCUGCUUCUAAAGAUCUUCAGUUGGCUCGGUACCCGUGACCGUUGCACUCUGGCACAAACCUGUCGACGCCUUUGGGAGAUCGCGUGGCAUCCGGCGCUCUGGCGCGAAGUUGAAGUGCGUUAUCCGCAAAAUGCUACCACUGCUUUGAAUGCAUUGACUCGUCGUGGUUGUCAUACCUGCAUUCGUCGUCUGAUAUUAGAAGGCGCCGUUGGAUUGCCUGGAAUUUUUGUCCAACUGCCAUUUCUCAAUCUCACUUCUCUCAUUCUGCGCCAUUCGCGUCGUGUCAAUGAUGCUAACGUCACUACUGUGUUGGACAGCUGCACCCACCUCAGGGAGCUCGAUCUCACAGGCUGUCCAAAUGUGACUCACGCCUGCGGCCGUGCUACCAGUAGCCUACAAUUGCAAUCGUUGGACCUCAGUGACUGUCAUGGCAUCGAGGAUUCGGGUCUGGUGCUUAGUCUAUCGCGCAUGCCACACUUAGGAUGUCUCUAUUUGCGUAGAUGCGUUCGUAUUACCGAUGCCAGCCUAGUCGCAAUUGCUUCCUAUUGUGCCAAUUUGCGCCAGCUGUCGGUGUCAGACUGUGUGAAAGUGACGGAUUAUGGGGUACGCGAAUUGGCGGCACGUCUCGGCCCGUCACUACGCUAUUUUUCCGUAGGUAAAUGUGACCGCGUAUCCGACGCUGGUCUACUGAUCGUUGCUCGUCACUGUUAUAAGCUGCGUUAUUUAAAUGCUCGUGGUUGCGAAGCACUCAGCGACAGUGCGACUGUCGCUCUGGCGCGCAGCUGCCCACGCAUGCGAGCUCUAGAUAUUGGCAAAUGUGACAUCGGCGACGCGACCCUCGAGGCACUUUCCACUGGAUGUCCAAACCUGAAAAAGUUGUCCUUAUGCGGGUGCGAGAGAGUAACUGACACCGGUCUUGAAGCAUUGGCUUACUAUGUGCGCGGUCUGCGCCAACUUAAUAUCGGCGAGUGUCCCAGGGUCACAUGGGUCGGUUACCGCGCAGUCAAGCGCUAUUGCCGACGUUGUAUUAUAGAACAUACUAAUCCUGGAUUCUCCAGCUGAUUUAUUCGGUUAAUUUACCCGGUCGCUUAAGUCCAAGCUCUCAAAUAGUGAUGUGAGAAGAUCUUAUAGAGAAAAUUUUCAAAAACAUGAGAAUAUUUUGACGAAAUCUCUGGAAAUAAAAAUACUAUAAAGUAUCCUGAAAAUAUUAAUAAUAAGAAUGUCGUAAUAAUAUACUUUGAGUAUUGAAAAAUUUGCCCGCACGAAUACAAGUAUUUAGUAAAAAUGAAAAGAAAGAUGAUAUAUUGUUACUAUAUAUCUUUAACAUAUCUGUAUUUAUAAUAAAUAUCUUUUUUACAAUGUCUGAGAUGAUUUCUUUUAACAAAAUUUAAAGAUUAUUCCAAGACUAACGUAAAAAUAUUCUCCGUGGACAAUGGAAUUUUGAAAAUACACGAAUAUUCUCAAAACAUUUCGUCAUCUCACAUCAUUAGUCUCACACAAGUGCCAGAAUGUAAUAUAAUACAUAUGGAUAUUAUUAAGAAAUUGUAAAUCCAUUUUUUAUUUGAAUUUGUGCGACGACAAACGUUAUUCUUGAUAAGACGUCUAUCAAAAAAUAAUAAAGGACGUAUUAUCAAUUUAAAACUUAACUUGUAUUACCUGCAAUAUAUUUAUUAACAAAUAUUAUUUU